AUGUUCUUCUCAAGCAGCUACAUCCGAGGCCCCUCCAACCCAGAUGGACAGGACCAUCCACUGUCAUCCUCACCACUCCCUCGGCGGCGAAGCUUCUGGGACACACUGCCUGGUACCACCUCACCUGCCUUAAAAGUCUCCCAUCCACCACUUCUACCAAAACCUGGCAGUUACACAGAUGGGGCCCACUUCCCUUCAGAUCUCCCAGGGGCAAAUAAACCUCCCCCAGGCAACACACUACAGGCUUACUCUGAUAGCUCUGAUUUCCACUUCUACAUUCCUGAUCCCUGGAAUAUUAGAUGGGCAACUGGAGUGAUAGCUAAGGAAUAUUCACGUGCAUCGUCCUCAUACCUCUUGACAACCUUCAGGAUCUGGAGGGAGUAUGAACAAGGGGUCCCCAAGGUCCUUGAAGUAUUAAAAGACCAGGCAAAGGCCAUCAAGGAGACAGAAAACAGUCUUCAAAACAAAACCCAGAGGGACCCUAUUCCCCAGCUGUCCCUGGUACAGGAAGGUGUCAACUUGUUAAAUAGGUCAGGUCUAGCCAAUGUAACUAGCUCUUUCCUCUGUGUCGCCUUGUCCAGGCCCCCACUCAUAGCUGUUCCCUUACCUAGACCAUUCCCACCAAAUGGGUCAGCCUCCAUGCCUCCGUUCACCCCCAUCACAGGAGCCCUUUUAUAUAGAGAUCCUCUAUCCCCACAGUUACCUUUCUGCUACUCUGAUCCUGGCCAAAUGUGCAACACUACUAACUCUACCAUAUCGGGCUCCCUCUGGGCCCCUCCAGGAGGCUUCUUUUGGUGUAAUGGCACACUUUCAAAAAACCUCACCCAACAGGCCCUAACUUCCCAGCUCUGUUUACCUGUAUCUAUGGUUCCCCAGCUUACCAUGUAUGAAAGAGGAGAAUUCUUUCAUCUCAUACACCUUACAUCAGGAACCCAGCCCUCACCUCAACAUAGGACUAGGAGGGCUGUCUUCCUGCCUGUCCUUGUGGGCAUAUCUUUGGCAGCCUCAGUGGCAGCUACCAGUUUCAGCUUUGGUGCCCUGGCUCACUCAGUAAUUCAGACCCAAAGGCUCUCUCAACAGAUCCUGACAGGCUUUGAAGACUCAGCAGCAUCCCUUGCCUCUCUUCAAAGACAGAUAACUUCCCUAACUCAGGUAGCUCUACAGAACCACCAUGCAUUGGACCUUCCCAUGGAGGACAAAAGGGGAACUUGCCUCUUUCUUCAGGAAGAAUGUUGCUACUAUAUUAAUGAGUCAGGCCUGGUGGAAACCUGUGUCCAGUCACUUCACAAACUCAGCAAUGAGAUGCACCACUACAAUGCUGCCUCGACUGACACUCCUGGCUGGUGGAAUUCAAUCCUGUUUAACAUUCUCACCCCACCGAUAGGUCCCCUGGUGAUCAUUUGCCUCUUUCUGCUCCUGGCACCCUUUUUCUUUCAAUUUUUCCAAGACCGCCUCUGCCAGUUAACGUGGAUAACCUUCAGCCAAAUGUUACUCCAGGUCCAUGACUACCAGCCUCUCCCCAUGGGGUCUGCCUACACCGGCCAAGUGGCCCAAGACAUCCCUAGCUCCUGA